GGCCGUCCCCAUGGGCACCACGGCCCGGAGGAGAUGAGGAGGUUCUGGGAGAGGAACGAGCGCUCGGGGCGACCCCUGUCCCCCCAUGUCAGCAUCUACAAGUGGUCGCUGCCCAUGGCCAUGUCCAUCACGCACCGCGGCACCGGCGUCGCCCUCAGCCUCGGUGUGUCCCUGUUCUCGGUGGCCGCCCUGCUGCUCCCUGAGCAGUUCCCCCAUUACCUGGCCCAGGUGCGGGCGCUCAGCCUGGGCCCCACCCUCGUGUGCUCGGCCAAGUUCCUGCUGGCCCUGCCCCUGUGCUACCACACCUGGAACGGCGUCCGCCACCUGGCCUGGGACCUGGGCAAGGGGCUGAAGCUGCCGCAGGUGACGCAGUCGGGGCUGCUGGUGCUGGCCCUGACCGUGCUGUCCUCGGCCGCGCUGGCGGCGCUGUGACAGCCCCGGGGCCUCCCCAGAUCCUGGAAUCCCAAAAUCCAGGAAUCCCAAAAUCCC